AUUCUCUUUUAUUUUGAUAUAGUUUUUACUGUCAUUUUCACCAUUGAAAUUGCUCUGAAGAUGACCGCGUACGGGGCUUUCCUCCAUAAGGGCUCCUUCUGCAGAAACUAUUUCAACAUUUUAGACCUGCUGGUGGUCAGCGUUUCUCUCAUCUCUUUUGGGAUCCAGUCCAGUGCCAUCAACGUGGUGAAGAUCCUGCGUGUUCUGCGAGUGCUUAGACCACUGAGGGCCAUCAACAGAGCCAAAGGACUAAAGCAUGUGGUCCAGUGUGUGUUUGUUGCCAUCCGAACCAUCGGAAACAUUGUGAUUGUCACCACUUUGCUGCAGUUCAUGUUUGCCUGCAUUGGAGUUCAGUUGUUUAAGGGCAAGCUGUACAGCUGCACCGAUAGCUCCAAGCAGACAGCAGCAGAAUGCAGAGGGUACUACAUUACGUACAAAGACGGUGAGGUCAACCAGCCAAUGAUACAGCCCCGGAGCUGGGAGAACAGCAAGUUUGACUUUGACAACGUCUUGACUGCCAUGAUGGCCCUCUUCACUGUCUCAACCUUUGAGGGCUGGCCAGAGUUGCUGUAUAGGUCCAUUGAUUCCCACAUGGAGGAUGUGGGACCCAUCUAUAAUCACAGGGUUGAGAUCUCCAUCUUCUUUAUUAUCUACAUCAUCAUCAUUGCUUUCUUCAUGAUGAACAUCUUCGUUGGUUUCGUCAUCGUCACAUUUCAGGAACAAGGAGAACAAGAGUACAAGAACUGUGAGCUGGACAAAAACCAGCGCCAGUGUGUAGAAUAUGCCCUGAAGGCCCGGCCUCUACGGAGAUACAUCCCUAAAAACCAGUACCAGUACAAAGUUUGGUAUGUGGUCAACUCCACCUAUUUUGAAUACCUGAUGUUCGUUCUGAUCCUGCUGACCACCAUCUGCCUGGCCAUGCAACACUACGGGCAGAGCUGCAUGUUCAAGGAAGCCAUGAAUAUCCUCAACAUGCUCUUCACUGGCCUCUUCACUGUUGAGAUGGUCCUGAAAUUAAUCGCCUUCAAACCCAAG